CGGGAUUCGGACUUAGAAUGAAUAAUUUAUUAGUUAGGCAACUUGUCAGCAUCUGGCCAGUGACUGGCCAGUGGCUGCGCUCUUGCCAACUUUGAACCUUCCUACUGAACCUAGCUCCAAGCCUUCGCUGACCUGCUCUCCCACGCACCUUUUUCUUCUUCUCCCUCCCCACGAUUCACUCUUUGCAUGUCCAACUCCACACAUGUCACAGGCACUCACCGACAAUGCUUUGAACACAAUGGACCUCAGUAAUCAAUCCCCCGUCGGCCUCGCGUAGGUUCCCGACGACCCCCCGCGCCAUCGUCACCUUGGUUGUGUGAACAGUGAUCGUCCUCGAGACUGGGAAUCGACAGCUCAUCCCCCGCAUACAUCUAUUUGCGCGGCUGUCCAAACGGUACUCAGCCUCAUUGCGGCCUUGAGUUUUCGCUACAUACGAAAUGCGGCGUACCAGCACGAUUGAGCCCUUGUGGUCGCGUGCCUCGUCGCUGGAUACCAUGACGCGCGAGCUCAUCGACGCCGAGGAAGGCUGUCGCCACAGAGACAACUCCAACUCGUCCAGUUCUGGCUCGCUGUCGAGCGGCGAAAAUGGCAGUGAUUGGGUGGAAAAGGCGACGUACGCUACCGAUUCGUCCUCUGAAUCGCUUGUCAACUUUGGCGUCGUCGCGCCUGGUCUGUACCGCUCUGGCUACCCGUGCUCCCAGCACUUUCCUUACAUGAGCAACCUCCGCCUCAAAACCAUUGUUACUCUGGUAGUCAACGAUGAGCCGGAUGAGGCAUUGGAGAGUUUCAUUAGCGACGCCAACAUCAGGCAAGUCUUCUUUGCCAUCAAGGGCACCAAAAAGGAGGCCAUUCCGGAUGCUGUCAUGUCAGACAUCCUUGGUGUUGUGUUGGAACCGAGUAAUUACCCACUCCUGGUCCACUGCAACAAGGGGAAACACCGCACCGGCUGCGUCGUCGCGGCAGUCCGCAAGGCAAACGGGUGGCACAGCAGCAGAGCUCUGGCCGAGUACCGAUCCUUUGCGGAGCCAAAGGUGCGCGACGCCGAUGUCGACUACAUCACCAACUUUGACCACGUCGCCAUGGGGAUUGCGGUCCCAACGCCCUCUAUCCUCGGCGGACCCUCGUAUCAGAUGGGAAGCCGCACACCACUUUCUGACAUUGUCUCUUCCUUGUCGAAUUGGAAGUGGGGGGAACGCUCAACGCUUAGGAGAUCACCACAGACCAACGGAUGGUAUGUGGCCAUGCUAAGUUCGGCAUCCAUAUGCGCAUUGGUCAUAUGGUUUCUACAUGGUCGAUAGAGCCACGCCCGCACGGCGAUGAGGAAUCACGAGAGGACUUGUACACCAACAUUUUCUAUGUCAAAUGGUAAUGGCAAUCAAGGGCCGGAACAACGAGGCGGGUCAAGUGCUGACACUGCUUUCGAUUGGCGUAUCAGGGAAGCAGAUGGCGGGUGAGCCACUUUGAGACUGGUUCGCAUCACUGCUUGAUUUUACGGCGUUAAGGAACUACUAGCGACGCUUAGCAAUAGAGUAUAACUUUGUAUAGGGCAAUGCAAAUU